CACCACAUACUUCUGCAGUCAUGGUUACUGGAGCUCUGGUGAACACCUGCCUGCUGGGGGCGCUCGCCCUCCUCUGUAUAGAUACCGCCCACGCCGACGUGAACCCGUGCACUACCACAGGCAUGUCACCCAUCGACUACCAGCAGGCGCUCUGCAUGUCAUUAUUCUUCUAUGAAGCCCAGAGGUCAGGUUAUCUACCAGCAAACAAACAUGUUUCCUGGCGGAAUGACUCUGGUCUGGACGACGGUUCUGAUGUCGGUUAUGACCUUGUUGGUGGCUACUACGAUGCCGGCAACUAUGUCAAGUUCGGCUUCCCGAUGGCCUUCACCGUUACCAUGCUAUCCUGGGGCCUCCUCGAGUUUCCUGACGGCUAUAGUGAAAUGGACAAGACUCGGAUCGCUCUUGAUACCAUCAAGUGGGCUACCGACUACUUCUUCAAGUGUCACACUUCAUCAUAUGAGCUCUGGGGCCAGGUUGGAAACGGUAAUGUUGAUAACAGCUCUUGGGGCCGACCUGAAACCAUGACCAUGGAGCGACCUGCUUACAAGAUUGAUGAGAGUAACCCUGCUCGGGGUUCUGUUGACCCUGGUUGGUCAGCUUGGGGUCCUGGUGACCCUGGCUGGUCAGCUCGGGGUUCUGGUGACCCUGGCUGGUCAGCUCGGGGCUCUGGUGACCCUGGCUGGUUAGCUCGGGGUUCUGGUGACCCUGGCUGGUCAGCUCGGGGUUCUGGUGACCCUGGCUGGUUAGCUCGGGGUUCUGGUGACCCUGGCUGGUCAGCUCGGGGUUCUGGUGAACCUGGCUGGUCAGCUGGGGGUUCUGGUAACUCUAGCUGGUCAACUCGGGGUUCUGGUGACCCUGGCUGGUCAGUUCGGGGUCCUGGUGACUCUAGCUGGUCAGCUCGGGGUUCUGGUGACCCUGGCUGGUCAGCUCGGGGUCCUGGUGACCCUGGCUGGUCAGCUCGGGAUCCUGGUGACCCUGGCUGGUCAGCUCGGGAUCCUGGUGACCCUGGCUGGUCAAGGAUUGUCUUUCUGUGGUUGAAAGUUCGUGUACUUCCCUUGCUACUUCCCUCGCUACUUCCCUCACUAUUUUCAUGUCUACUUCCCUCGCUACCUCAUGUCUGCUUCCCUCGCUACCUCAUUUCUACUUCCCUCGCUACCUCAUGUCUGCUUCCCUCGCUACCUCAUGUCUACUUCCCUCGCUACCUCAUGUCUACUUCCCUCGCUACCUCAUGUCUACUUCCCUCGCUACCUCAUGUCUACUUCCCUAGCUACCUCAUGUCUGCUUCCCUCGCUACCUCAUGUCUACUUCCCUCGCUACUUCGCUACUUUUCUCGCCAGAAAACCGACAGUAUCUACGCCACUUGGAUGAUGGAUUUGGCGAAAGUGCUGUACGACUUUGCCGACAACUUCCGUGGUCACUACGACAUGUCGAUCCCCGACGCAAAGGAUUGGUACCCUUCAACGAGCGGGUAUGGUGACGAGCUGGUCUGGGCUGGUCUGUGGCUGUACAGAGCAACGGAAGAUGCGUCCUACCUCACCCGCGCCAGGGGUCACUGGGACGAGUUCAGCCUGCAGUCAUCCGAGGCUCAACUGUUCUACUGGGACGACAAGAUGGCCGGAGUCUAUGCGCUCUUCUGGUUGUUGGACGGUUCCCAGGACUAUUUAGAUCACCUCACUACCUACCUGGAUUAUUUAAAAAACACUGCCCUCUACACCCCAGAAGGAUUGGUCUUCCUCGAUGAGUCGGGCACGACCAGACAUGCUGCUAAUGCUGCCUUCAUAUCCCUCUUGGCUGCCAAAUACGGUGUGGACACAUCUCUGAACAACCAGUGGGGUCAGGCUCAGAUGGACCAGUUGCUGGGUGCCAACUCUCGCUACAACAUGUCCUUCGUUGUGGGCUUCGGUGACAACUAUCCUCAGAGACCUCACCACCGCUCCAGCUCGUGUCCCGACCCCCCUGAGGACUGCGACUACGGCUGGGCUUACACCCAGUCUGGACCGAACCCCCACACUUUGUACGGUGCCUUGGUCAGUGGACCAUCUCUGCUUGGUGAAUACGAAGAUGAUCGCACCAACCGCAAAUACAAUGACGUCGCUUGUGACUUCAACGCUGCCUUCAGCGGCUGCUUGGCUGCUCUCAUAGAGCUCAGCUAAGAGACUCUAUGUCUCAAAGAGCUCAGUCAAGGGGUUCCAGGCUCCACAGAGAUCAGGAGACCUGCUGCUGCUGCUGCUGCUGCUGCUGCUGCUGCUGCUGCUGCUGCUGCUGCUGCUGCUGCUGCUGCUGCUGCUGCUGCUGCUGC